AUCACACCGGAAGGGACCUGUUUGUCCGUGGCACUGCCGACUGUUUGGCGGGGUGGCUGCGUGCGCAUCGCUCUGGUUUUCGGGCCACCGCCGCCGCAAUGGCGUCGCCACUGAGCCAGGCGUCUAAGAUGGAUAUUGAGAAUGCUACACAGCACCUGCGGGAUAUGCUAAAGCUGGACCGGGUCUCCGAGUCAACAGUUGACAACCAAAAGAAACCUGCAUCAUACAAUGGCGAAUUGAAUGGUUUGCUGGUUCCAGAUCCCAUUGCAGCUGGAGAUGGGCCUAUUCUCAGAGAAUCAAACAGUACGAAUUUGGACAAGCUGAACCUACAGCAAAAUCAGGAAAUAUACCUAACAGGUGAUGACAGUUCAAAUUGUGUUAUAACUGCCAAAGAAGUGGAAAUAGUGGCAAGCAACGAUUCUAGCAUCAGUAAUAAGGCCAGGGGUAGCAACAAGGUAAAAAUACAACCUGUGGCAAAGUAUGAAUGGGAGCAGAAGUACUACUAUGGCAACCUCAUAGCAGUGUCAAAUCAGUAUCUGGCGUAUGUCAUCAGAGGGGCUAAUGGUGUUGGCAUGGUACGUGUGUUGAGUGUUGGAAUGGCUGAACGAACUUUGCUGAAAGGAUUUACCGAGGGAGUUGCUGACUUGGGUUUUGCACAUCUCAAUUCCAAUCAACUAGCAUGCGUUGAUGAAGCAGGCAACCUAUUUGUCUGGCAACUGAAUGAAGAAAGUGGGAAAAUACAAGAAAAACUGAUAGUGCACAUCAAGAGACCUGAGGGAACACCUUUAAAUGCAAACAGGAGGGUCAUCUGGUGCCCUUUUAUUCCUGAGGAAAAUGAUGAAAAUGAUGAAGGAAAUCAAACGCUUGCUGUUUUACAUGAAGAUAGGGCUGAAGUUUGGGAUCUGGAUAUUCUAAGAAACAGUAAUAGUGUUUGGCCCAUUGAAGCAACUGAUGUAAAAGAAGGCUUUAUCAUUGUGAAAGGGCACACAGCACGGAUCAGUGAGGGUGCAUUAUCUCCAGAUGGAACAGUACUUGCAACUGCGAGCCAUGAUGGUUAUGUGAAGUUCUGGCAGAUCUACAUAGAAGGGCAAGAUCAACCGAGAUGUCUUCAUGAAUGGAAACCCCAUGAUGGCCGACCAUUGUCAUGCCUACUUUUUUGUGACAAUCACAAAAAACAAGAUCCAGAUGUCCCUUUCUGGCGUUUCCUGAUCACUGGAGCAGAUCAGAAUAGAGAGCUGAAGAUGUGGUGUACUGUGUCAUGGACUUGUUUACAGACCAUCAGGUUUAUGCCUGACUCUUUUAAUACCAAUGUGUACCCAAGUCUGAAAGCCAGUCUGGAUCUAUCUGCAGAAUACCUCAUCCUCAGUGAUGUACAGAGAAAAGUGUUGUAUGUGAUGGAGCUACAUCAGAACCAGGAUGAAGGCAAAGCCCAUUUUGUCUCCAUAUCUGAGUUUUUGUUGACUCACCCAGUACUUAGCUUUGGCAUCCAGGAUGUCAGCAGAUGUCGCCCAAGGCACAUAGAGGCUCUAUCAGCUGAGGAGGAUAGUGACACUUUAAAUGCAGAAGGAACUCCUGGCCUUGUUGAAUCUUCAGUAGUACAGCUAAAACUAUAUUGUGUACAUACCAAAACGCUCCAGGAUGUGCAGAUUUAUUUCCAGCCACAUCAGAAUACAGAAGAACCUGUUUUAAUGUCAUCUGCUGCCUCACAUGAAGAUUUCACUUUUGCAGAUCGUUUAACAGAUAUGAGUGUUGAAGGGCCAGCAUCGGAAAAGGGAUCUAGCAGAGGUUCUCAGCAUGAUUUGCGGCGUAUGGUGGAUCUUCCAGCUCCUACAGACUUUCUCUCUGUCUCCAAUGAUGUGAAACCAAAGCUAAUGACUCCAGAUGCUUUCAUGACUCCUAGCACUUCACUUCAACAGAUCUCUGUAUCACCGGGAAGCAGUGUAAGCACUUUGACUGCAGUGACUGGUUUGAGUAACAGCUCUGCUAAUGAGACUGGAUCAUCAAGACCUGCUGAAGACUUGUCUCUAAGCCCAAAGGUCACAUUGGAGAAUGUCAGUCUCAGUAAUAACACAAGCAAUGCUGUCCAAGCGAGUCCAAGAAACAACUCUGUGCAACUUAUCCCAGGGCUGUCUGAACAGCUAUCUACAAAACCUCUUCAGGUUACUAGUGCUAACUCUUCGCUUCCUUUGGAGCUUCAGUCUGUGGAUCCUCUCUGUGUGCCUCAGAGUUCCCCAACGCGGGAACGUUCUCCUGAUGUUAUCUCCUCAGCCUCCACAGCAUUGUCGCAGGACAUUCCUGAAAUUGCCUCAGAGACCCUCCAACGUGCAUUUUCAGGCUCUGUAUUACCCACUGAAGUCCUGGAACCUACCCAUCAUAUGGAUAGCAUGGCUUCAGCUGCCUCUGCACUGCAUCUGUUAUCCCCAAGAAGUAGACCUAACUCUGAACAUAGUCAUCACUCUCUAGAUAUGCCUCAGGUGGAGGUAGAGCGGCUGAGUACUCCAUCACUCUUAGAAACUGUCUUGUCUCAGGAGAAUACAGCAGCAGCAGACAACGUUGUUAGCCAACCUUGGCCAGCAGCGCCUGACAUAACCCGAGAAACCCGUAAUAGCAUCAAUGAGAGUUCCAGAGAAGAUAUGCAGGAGAAGCAUAAAAACUCCACCUUUCACCGGCAUCCAUACCAGUUGCACCAGCAUGAUAGCCAGGAUGCGAGUGCUGAACAGAGUGACCAUGAUGAUGAAGUAGCAAGUCUUGCUUCCACAUCAUGUAGCUUUGGUUCAAAGUCUGCUUCUCAUAGACUUCCAGUUAAAGAUUGGAAAUCAAAGUCAUCUCCUCGAUCCUCCCCAAAACUGAGAAGAAAGAGUAAAAAGGAUGAUGGGGAGACAACACAAUCCCCACGGUUAGAGCAGCAGCAGCAGUUCAACACAGACCAGGAAGAGUUACUGUCUCUGUUACGGAGCCAACAGAGAGAGCUCUGUGAAUUGCGACAGAGCCAAUUGGAGCUAAUGCAGAGGCUCACAGAUCAUAUGGAUGCAGUGCAGGGCUCCAUCAUGGGUCAUGUGGAACGGAUUAUGGUCACACAACAAGAACAAGAACAGAGGAGAAUGGAUAGGAUCUUGGCAGAAGGGCAUGAAAGAAGUGGGCAGUUUCAAGAACAACUGUCUCAACAGCUCUCUCAAAAUUUGGCAAAUUCUAUCAGUAAUCGUAUAGAGAAGACUGUUCGGGAUGAGAUGAAGAAAACUUUACCACAAUGUAUUUCCAAAAGUUUGGAACCAGUGCCGGGUCAGUUGAAUAACCAUAUUGCAACCAAGCUUGCGGCAAUUGAAGGAAUAUUAAAAGAGAAUAUAACAAAAAUGGUGAAAUCAAAGAACACUGCAGAGAGUAUUGGAAGAGCUGCAGCGGAUGCUUUGCAAGGGCCGAUACAAUCAAGUUACAGAGAGUCAUUCCAGAGUAUAGUUGUACCUGUGUUUGAAAAAGCCUGCCAGUCAAUGUUUCAGCAAAUAAAUGACAGCUUCAAGCAGGGGACACAAGAAUAUAUCCAGCAACUUGAGAUUCACCUUCAGUCCAAGAAGACCCAAGAACAAGAAAUACGUGAUCCUCUGCUUAGUCAGUUGCAGCAAAUGAUUGAUCGUUUCCAGAGUGUCACUGAUCAUCUUGCUGUGACCAUCACAAAUGGCAUGCGUUCAGAGGUUCAACAUCAGCUUCACGUCAUUGUCAGCAACUUACAGGAAUCGAUUCUGACUCAAGUGCAGAGAAUUGUGAAAGGCGAAGUUAGCCUCGCAAUGAAGGAGCAACAGGCUGUUGUUACAUCCAGUAUCAUGCAGGCCAUGCGAUCAGCUGCAGGGACGCCCAUUCCAACAACUCACAUGGAUUUCCAAACCCAGCAGGCCCACAUCUUGCAGCUGUUGCAACAGGGGCAACUUAACCAAGCCUUUCAACAGGCUUUGACUGCAGCAGAUCUCAAUCUGGUACUUUAUGUCUGUGAAACUGUGGAUUCUGAACUUGUCUUCGGUCAGCAUCCUUGUCCCCUGACCCAGCCAGUUUUGCUUUCACUUAUUCAACAGCUUUCCACCGAUCUCAAUUCACGCACAGAACUAAAACUCGGUUACCUGGAAGAUGCAGUCAUGAAUCUAGAUCACACAGAUCCAGUUGCUAGGGAUCACAUGGGUUCUGUAUUGAAUCAAGUCAGACAGAAACUGUACCAGUUCAACCAGGCAGAACCUCACAGUAAUGUGAGCAAAAGGGCUCGGAGACUUAUGAUGAUGCUUCAAGGACUAGUGACUCCACUGAGUUAAACUGUACACGGUGGCCAUUCCAUGAUCUGUAAGGAGUGUGCUAUAAUUAUACAAUUCAUAUAGCUGUAUGUUCCUGAUUAAUCUUUUUUUUAAAAAAAUGCCAAAUUCUAGGGCUUGUGUGUCCGCGUCUGUGGUAAGAACAUUAUUUGGAACCACAAGUUCGAGCGGUAACCUGAUAUAUAAGCUGCUUCCUACGUUUUUUUCAACUUACAGCUUCCUUCUAAUCUGGUUAGCCUAUUUUGUAUAAGUAUCUACUUGUAUGUUCCCCAGGUUAAAAGUACCUAUUUAAAUAUAUAUUAGAAAAAAAACUUCCUCUCCCACGGUUACAUUUGUGAAGCAGCUGAGGCUAAGUAACCAACACAAUACUACAAAUUGAAACUUGCAUGGUAGCAAAAAUGUAUCAAACAAUAUCCAUAAACUCAAUUGAAGAGUAGGCUCAUAUUCUCCCUGCCCCUGUUAAAUUCCUUGAGGCACUAAACAAAUUCUCAUUUGGAAAUUCUGACCUCAAAGCUAUGAAGUUAAAUACAGCUAUCAGAAGUUGAGUAAGUAUCGAAAAAUAUAUUUUCAGACUAUUUCAAAUUAGUGUUGGACUGUUACUUGAGGUUUCUAUCAUGUUAGUUUAAGAAAAAUAUCAACAGCGACAAGUUUGUUUAUUGCAUAAUGUUUUCAUUCAUUUACGAUUUUGUUGUAUUUUACAUUUUUGCUUCCUUUUUAUCUUUAAUAUGGAAACUCUUGUUUUGGAUAAUGUUUCAAAACUGUUCAAUAAAAAGUUUGGAAAUUA